AUGCCUCUAGUGCGCGUGCCUCUCCUUGGAUCUCUGUAUAACCAUGAAGUCGCCGGGCGACAUGGGGAGAUCCGACCCCCCCACCCCACCCAGGGUAUUUACCCCAACCUCAUCCCCUACCCUGACCCCAAGACAUUCUGCCCUCCUCAGGGCUCCUACUCUAACCUUGUCCUCAACCCCAAACCCCUCCAGGCCUCUCGGCAGCCAUUGAGAGACCCUCCCCUUACCCCUUAUCCUAAGCCUAAGGGACCCAGGUCUCCCAGCCCUAAACCUAAGGACCCCUCCCUUAUUACUCCCACCCAGGAGUCUCCUCCCCUCCCCUUUCCACCCCUUCCCUCCCCUUCCCUCCCAUCCCCUCCUCAGCCCACUAGAAAGAUACACCUCUUUCCUAAAAAUCCUCUUCCUGACCCCCCCUCUCACUCCCUGAUCACUCCCAUCCAGGAGCAUCCACCCCUUCCCUCUCCUCCCUUCCCAUCCCCUCCUCAGCCCACUAGCAAGAUACACCUCCUGUCCAAAAAGUUCCUUCCUAACCACCCCUCUCCUCUGUGUCUCCCCCCUACAGGCGAUGCUGGUCUCCGGUCGGACUCGGCCGGUCAACGGGUCCCUUCAGACCACACCCAAAAUCAGGGAGGGUUCGUGAUGAAAGGGACUAAGAGGGACCAGCUCAUCCCUGGAGCCUGGUUCUGGCUCCAGCAAUGCAUCAUAUUGGGAACCAGAGUCCUUGAUUUCAGCUGA